AAAGCGCGGGUACGUACGUACGUGCACUUACACGCAUGCAGGAGAUACAUGACUAGCCGGAGGUAGAUGUGAAUGCUGAAUAUCUAGCGCAAUUCCUUGCUUGUCAAGUUAAUAAUGAGGUGCAAGUAACAGAGAACGUCUCAUCGGAUUUCAAAGAUGAAAAAGGACAAACACAAGGCCAAAAGAAGUGCAAAUUACAAGAAGCAACAUGGCAUUUCUUCUGCAAAGAAUGCGAACAGAACUGCAAAAUCAACGAUUGCUGCUGAAGCGGAAGCGACACUGCGACAUAUUGUAAAGCCAAAGGGACAUGGCGUCAAGUCACAGUCAGAAUUGAUUAUCGAAAAACAGGAGGAACUGAAACAGUAUUCAAGAAGAAAGGUCGAAAGCAACUGGGAAAAAUAUGAAGAUUUUGUUGUUGAUCCUGACACAGAGACAGAGAAAGUCCGUUCAGAACCAAGGGGGGAAGACUUUCAAAAGCUUUUAUCCAAAUCAGAUGAUGCUUCAUCUCAGCUUCGAAUGAAGGAUGAAGUAUGGUGGGAUGGAGAUGAUCAGGAUGAUGAAACUGAGACUGAAAUUGGGAAGCUGUUCAAGAUUGACUAUGUGGAUUUAGCACGGCGUCUUAAAUGCAUCCCUCUCCAUGAGCGGCUUGGAAUAUCUACUAAAUAUUUUGAUGAGGAUUUACUCAAUAAAAUAAAUGAGGAUGCGGCAGAGCAUACAAAGAGGUAUCAAGAAAUGUUGGAUGCAGAGAAAGCUCAAGAACUGAACAACCCUCAAGAAUCAGAAAAUCCUACCCCAUCAGAUACUGUUUCUGAUCUAUCAUCAAGAGAACUAAUGACAGAGCCAACUGUUGGUGCAUGUAUUAAUAGUUGUGAAGCAAACAAACUGCAUGAAGUGACAGAUGAACACUGUAAUCAGCAAUCAAGUGAUGUUACUUUAAGAACUAAUAAUGAAACAGAACAUUGUACGAAAGAUGUAAAACAGACGGACUCACAAUCCGCUGAUAGGUUGUCGCAUUCUGCUGUAAGUCCGAGCUCUAGGAGUCAUAUUGAUUCAGGAUCCCCUGUGACCUCCAGCGAUAGGUCAACAAAAUCUGCUGAUGAUAAAGAGCCAACUACAGAACCACAUGCUAAACACAGUGAAGAAGAAAAUCUUGAAAACUGGCUGGAUGACUUCUUGGAUGAUUGAAGUGAUUCUGGUUUAACACUUUGCCAUUGGUAUUUUGAUUUUUUCAGUUCUAGUUGUUUUGAUUUUUCUUUUCUUGAAUUUCAUUUUUUUUGUGGGGGUGUGAUAAAAUGAUUGAUAAAUAUACAUGUAAGUAUUGUACUUUUCUUGUGAGCAAAAGUGUGCUGCAUUCUUCCGUACUUUAAAUGAACUUUAGAAAAAAAAAUUUUUCCCUUUGAUUGCUAGAAUUUCAGCAGAUUUUAUUCAACUCAUGUAGCUAUUGGUGUCUUGGUUAUUUGGAUUUUGCUCUCCUAUAAAGAAAAAAAUAUUUACAAAUUUGACUUCUAAAUUUAGAUGGUUUGAAUAAAAGAAUGCAAACCAGUCCAUGUUAUGAGAAAAAAAGAUGUAUGAAGAAUAAGGACAUGUGUUUCAUUUUUGUACCCUUAGUUUUUUUUUUUUCAUGUUUGAAUUGUCUUGAGCUUAAAACGAUUUUUCUUGAAAUAUGCUUAAUUGUUAUACUAGAUGAAGAAGAUGGAUAACAAUUGCUCUCAUGACUUUCCAUGAUUUUUUUUCUUGUAAAAACAGAUAUGGUCCAUAAUUAAUUUUAUACUUGAGUAGGAUAUAUCAUUGUGUGAACAAUCCAUGAUGAUGAUGAUGAUGAUGUGUAAUUAUGAUUGUGGUGUAUUUAUUUCAUACUUUUUAGAGGUGGUUAUGAAAUGAUAUAUUUCCCUUCAUUCGUAAAGUACAAAUUAUAAAUUGUUAAUCAGUAACAUGAAAUGAUAUAUCCCCUGUAUUUUUAUGACUGAAAGGAUGUCAUGUCAUAACCACCCCCAGAGAUGAUCUAAACACACCUUGUCCAAAGAACAUAUUCUCUGUACUAGAUGUGUUUUGAUCAUC